AUGAGAUUGAAGAUAAGUGGUGCUGAAGGGUUUAACAAAGUAGUAACGAUCGAUAAUGAUGCUACAUUACAAGACUUGGUGAAAGUGAUUGACCUGAAUACUUCAAUAACAUCAAUGAGGUAUGGGUAUCCACCAAUCAAGCUUGUGCUGGACGAACAUUCUCUAGGGAAGAAUUUAGGGGAUUUAAAUAUCAGUUCUGGUGAAAAGAUAUCAAUUUCUACUGAAUCUGAAAGCUCAAGUGGUGGAAUAAUUAGUGGAGGAUCUAUCCCAAAAGUACAAGAAACUGGAAUCUUGAAGGAGAAUCAGGUUUAUAUUGACUUACCCGAAGGAGAUACAAAUAUUUUGCAAUCUCACGUAGUGCCUGAUGAUAAUUCAUGCUUAUUCCAUGCCAUUUCUUAUUGUAUAUAUAAAGAUAUAGGUUUAUCAAAUGAACUUCGAAGUGUAGUAUCACAAGAGAUAUUGAGUAACAAACAGACAUACAAUGAAGCAAUAUUAGAGAAAUCUAAUUCUGAAUAUGCUAAUUGGAUUAUGAAGAAAGAUUCUUGGGGUGGCGGUAUCGAGAUUGCAAUUUUAUCAGAAAAGACAGAGACAGCAAUAUAUGUCAUUGAUAUAGAUGCAUCAAAGAUUGAGAAAUUCAAUGAAGAUAAAUAUUCAAAGUUUAUUAUGGUUGUAUUCAAUGGUAUUCAUUAUGAUGCUAUAGAAUUAGAAAAUGGCCAAACUGUUUUUGAUAAAGAAAAUGAAUUAUUAAGUAAUAUUGUAUUGUCAGGUGGAUUAAAGAUCGCUUCUCAAUUGAAGAGCAGUGGCUAUUCAUUUAAUACAAGGAAGGAUAAAAUUAUUUGUAAUAUUUGUAAAAAAAUCAUGGUGGGUGAGCGUCAGGUUGCCAGGCAUGCAGAGGAAACCGGUCACGUUGACUUUGGCCAGGCAUAA